AUGGCAGUCGCAAAAGAGUCAGUGACAUUAGAGUCUCUUUUGGAAUGGGAACCUGAUAGUUCGGAAGACGGGGAGAUUUUAGAGAGAGUGAAAAGGUUGGCAGAAUUGUAUCUACCUGAUGGAUGGCGCCAGUGGAAAGUCGUUACUCAUUCUAGAGCGGAGCUAUUGGGUGAAGUUUUUGAUUCCCAGAUCUUAAAAAAAAUUAGAUUCAGUCUGCUUACGGUGGAGCUUGCUAGAGCUUUUUGUCCAGAUUGUACCUCGCUUCCGGAAAAAGUAUAUAAAGACAUCAAAAUUAAAAUGCUUGAAUGGCCUUUUUGUGUGGGGCUUAUUAUUGGUCCACCGUCCAUCGGUGCUAGAAUAAGAGGCUCCGCUGUACAAAAUGAAUUAAUCGUAGCCUCACUUACUGAACUCAAGCCUCUCUUGCUAAGUCGAAAAGACGCUUCUUCAUCAUCUAAGUCAAAGAAGCCAAGAAGAAUGUCAAGAAUGGACAAGUUGGAAGAAGAGUUUGGUGAUAUGAAGGACAUGUUUUCCAACUUUAUGAAAAGAUUUGAACCCAUCUCCGAUAAUGAGUCUGAGCCAGAAGAAUCCUACGCUUUUUCUGAAGAUGAACUUCAAAACAGUCAGUCUUUGCAUAAGUCGGAGACUGUUAAAUGGAAGGCGCCAGAUCUACCAUUAGAAGAGGAAGAAGAUGACGAUCCUGACUUUAUUCCGCAAACUAAGAAACAAUAA